GAAGGAGAAUUUGAGACCUCUUCAAAGUUUACUCAUGAAUGGGAAUGUGAAGACCUCUUGGCAGCACCAUCAGAAGUUGAUAAAAAGGAGAAGAAAAAAGACAAAGAAGAGAAGAAAUCGGCAUCUAAGAAGAAAGAAAAGGAAAAAGGAGACAAGAAGAGCGCCAAGGGUAAAGGUGAUGACAAAGCCAAGGGUAAAGCGCCACCUAUAACCGAGGAAGAGGAGGAGGAAGAGCCUCCAGCUCCGCUAGAAUUCUCUGUCAAUGUGAGAUUACAUCAUUGGAAGACGGCCAUUGAUUCUGUGAGAGAUGAUGACCUUAUUAAAAAACUAUUAGAAUUUGAUAUUGAUCCUGAGAAACUUUUAGAACCAAAACCCCCAGUGAAAGGAAAGAAAAAAUAACAGAUUUAUUGUGAGUUUAUUGUUCAAUUAAAUUAUUUAAACCCUAUGCAUUAGAGUGUAUUAUCACUCUACUAUACCUUGCAUUUGGUGUUCAUGAGCAACCCUUUUGGCUUAUUAGUAAGGAUUAUGUUAUU